AUGAUUAGAGGAUUUGAAACAAGGACUUCUGAGCCUAGUCCUUUAUUCAGGUCAGCUGAACUAACUUCUUCUGAACCUCAAACAACUCAAGUCACUCCACAAAAAUCCGAUAAUUCCAUUAAUUGUUUUGGUUUUAAUUAUUCAAAUCCUCAAAGAAUAUCACUUGUGAGAAGUCAGUCAGCUAUUCUUACAGAUGAAAUAAUAAGACCAAUUACACCAGUGAGAAAUUCACAUCCAAGUAGUACUGGAAAAGUUCCAAUAAAAUCAUUUUCAAGAAUUGGAUUCAAAACCCUUUCUCCUUAUGAUUUGAGUCAAUUGAUUAAUUCAUCCAAAUUAGAUGAAUUAUUUAUUAUUGAUGUAAGAUAUCCAUAUGAAUAUAAUGGAGGUCAUGUAAGAUACUCUUUGAAUAUAUCUACUGAAACUGCAUUAUAUAAAGAAUUAAAUAAAUUAUUUGAAAUUAACUAUUCAAAAAAAAUUAUUUUGAUUGCUUAUUGUGAAUUCUCUAAAACUAGAGCUCCAAAUCUUCUCAAAGAAUUAAGACAUACCAUUAGAAAUAAAUUAAUUGAUAUUUUUCUUGUUGAAGGUGGGUAUGAAAGAAUAUUUGAAGAAUUUCCAUCUUUGUGUGAAGGUGGAUAUGUUCAAAUGAAUGACCCACAAUAUUUUGACGAGUUUAUUUAUUAUUCAAAAAUACAUUCUCAGUAUACUACUCGUCAUUCUGCUGUUCGAAAACAUUUCCUUCAAGGAAAAACCCUUUCUUUUUGA